AUGACGACGUUAUGGCCACUUGAAAAGUUAUGUGAAGAGGUGAAAGCGAUUGUUAAGAACUCCGGGUUGUGGCCUGCAAUGGAGAGUUCGAUUGUUGAGUAUGACAAAGUUACCGUAUCUGCAUUAUGUGAGAGGUUCUACGGAGAGACUAAUACAACGUUAUUCCCAUUCAGUGAGAUGGUGGUAACUCCCGAUGAUGCUCUUCAAAUUCUAUGCCUCGAGGUUGAGGGAAAAGCAAUCAGUGAUAGCUACAAUGAUGGAAUUUCUUGGGAGAAUAUCUUCAAAUUUAAAAAAAUCUUGUUCAGUUUGGAUGAGAAGCUGUCUGAGUCUUUGUUUGUGAAGAAGGAUGGUUAUAUAAGCAGGAAGUUAUGUUUGAAGAUGUUGAUGGACACAUACUCUGGGACCCAGAAAACCUAUGAUGACGAAGGAAGUGUGCCCAUGAUUUCCGGAAGCUUGGUCGACUCCAAGUAUCUUCAACUAUUACAUCCCUUUCAUGAGAUGCAUAAGUAUUCUUGGGGUACCGCGGUAGUCGCCUUCUUGAAUGCAGAGUUGACAAAGGGUUUAAGGGCUCUAGCGAAGCAAGUUAAUGGAAAUCUAUGUCUCAUCCAGGUUUGGGUAUAUGAGCAUUUCCCUUCUUUGUUGAAAGGCAACCCCCACAUCAAAGUGAACACUAAGCUUGCAAGUCACCUGCCAAGAGGACAACGAUAUAGUUUUAUUGGUGCUCAGGAUAAGGAUAUGUCACAUCAUCUUAUCAACAUGCGAGUCUCCUUGGACAAAAUGACUGCGGAUGAGGUAAUAUUUAAUAUGUAUCGAGAUGAUAGAAAUGAAGGAUUUUCAAUGUACGAUCCACAUCGGGUAAUGCGACAACUGGGUUACAUCCAAGAGAAACCCCAUGCCAGUGAUGAUAUGUUCUUUAAAGUGGACAGGGCAGGGUGCAACACAUCCCAAAAAAGUAUUGACGUAUGUUAUGCUCCACAACCAGAGAUUUCUCAUUGGAACGGAAGGUAUAACCGUAAAACCGAUACGAGUCUUUUGGAUGAGGUGACUGAAGGUCGUGAAGCUCAUGAAAAUUACAUGUCGUGGUACUUGGGUUUUGCCCGUCCUACUGUGAUUAGGGAAGAGACUAUUGAACAACCGGCUUGUAAGAGGAAGAUGCCACCGAAAUACCCAACAACAAGUCUUAAGAACUUUGUAAGUAUCUUAUUGUUUUAA